AUGUUCCGCUAUCUCUCCGCGUCGACCGCGCGCAGAGCUGGCGCCUGGGGUGCGGGCGCGUCCCUUUCUGCCGCACCUGGCGCCUCCAGCACCUUCUGUUCUUCCACAAACCCUGCUCGUUUGUACUCGAGCGGCAACAAGGACUACUACAAGAUGCUCGGCGUCGACCGAAACUCCGACUUGAAGGAUAUUAAGAAAGCUUACCGGAAGCGCGCGUUGGAGACCCAUCCGGACCAGGGCGGUAACAAGGAGGAAUUUGCAGAGGUGGCCGAAGCCUACGAGGUGCUUAGUAACCCCGAGAAGAGGAAGGUGUAUGACCAGUACGGAUCCGAGGCGGCCACGAACCCGAACAUGGGCGGCGCAGGUAUGGGUGGCUUCGGCACCGGUGGCCGCUCAGCUGAGGACAUCUUUGCUGAGUUUUUCCGCGGCGGAAUGGGUGGGAUGGGCGGAUUUGGCGACAUGUUUGGCGGCGGCCCCGGUGGCCGUCAGGGGACGCCCACACUCCAGCCGCUGGAGGUGCGGACGCGGUUGACGUUGGAAGACGUGUACAAGGGCGUGACCAAGACGAUGCGCGUGAACCGCCCGCAGGUGUGCUCGGAUUGCACUGGCUUCGGCACCAAAAGCAAGACCGAGAAACCUAAGUGCACCCAGUGCAACGGCUCCGGGCACGUUGUGCAACAGCACCGGAUGGGCCCCGGCAUGGUGCAACAGACGAUCUCAGAGUGCCCGCGGUGCCGCGGAACCGGUACAGUGGCGAAGCUGGAGGACCAAUGCCACAAGUGUCACGGAAAGGGUUACCGCACCGUAUCGCAGGACGUCACCAUUGAAAUCCCAGCCGGGGUGCCGUCGAAUGUGACACUUGUAGUGCGCGGCGAGGGCGGCACGAUCCCUGGGGCGCCGCCAGCGGACAUGCACUUGCACAUCGAGCUAACUCCCCACCGUGUCUUUCAGCGUCGCGGCAACGACCUCAUUGUUAACAAGGACGUGACGCUGCAGGAGGCGCUUCUGGGGCUGCACAUGCCCCUGAGGUUGCUCGACGGCCGCACCGUCAACGUGGAAACAUCGGCCGAUCAGAUUUUGAAGCCAGAAGGGGUGAUCAAGGUUACUGGAGAGGGCUUGCCUGGCACUUCCGGAGAGCGCGGUGAUGUUUACAUCUUCACGCACCUCAAGAUGCCCAACAAGCUGAGCGAUGAGCAGAAGGCGCACAUCAAGAAGGCGUUCGGCACACCCGGGAAAGACGCUGACGCGUCGCCCGGCAACACUGUGAGGGCACGGGUGCUGCGCGAGUCUCGCGAGCAGCUGGAGGAGCAGAAGCGGAGCCUGUGGGCUUCGCAAGAGAGUGGUGGCCACAGCGGAGGUGGCGGUGGCAGCUCUCGCCGCUCGGCGGGAAGCACGCAUGGUAGUGGCGCGCAGCAGGUGGAGUGUGCGACGCAGUAG